AUGGAGCGGUCGGACUCUUUCAAAAAGCGUUACUGGUCCUGCGCAGCUGGGCGCGCCGCGUGGCAGGAGGCGGCGGCGGUGUCGGUGGGCGGCGGCGCCGGUGGUGCGGGGGGCGCGGCGCGCAGGUGCUCCGUGCUCGGGGACCACCCGGGCGCCAGGCGGGACCCGCGCGCCAAGUGGCACCGCAACAACCGGGUACGGGACGCGUCAUACGGCUCCUCGUCGGAAUCGGACGGGGAGGCGGAGGGGGCCAGUGGCGAGCCGUGGGGCGUGGCGAAGCUGCUGUACGCAGGCCUAGCAACUCUGGCCGUGGGCCUCGUCGUGUACUUCGUGGGAACCGGCGACAAGGGUUUCAAAACACCGGCGCUUCGCCUAGUGGGCCCAUCGCUCAUCGUGGCUGGGCUCGCCUGUUGUCUGCUGCGUAUCCUGUUUUGCAUAUUCGCGAAGCCCUGCUGCCGUCGACGCGCCAACUACAAGGAGAACAGAAGACUGUCGGGAGGGGGGGAGGGGGAGGAGAUGCCUCUGGCGGGGGGCUGCCCAGGGGCCCCGCGUGCGGGUCCCGCCCAGUGCUCGCCAGCCAGGCGGCUGGACGCCUCCUCGUGCGAUGUAUCCAGCUUAUCCAGUGGGGAGGAGGACGAGAGGCUGCGGAGGUACCGCACCGCCUCGUCGCAGCCGCAAGCUGUUAUCGUACAGCAGGCGACCCAUUCGAAAACGCUGAAGCCGCCCGUGAGCAGCGGCGGCCCUGGCUCCCCUGGCGCCGUGGCCAGCACCUCCAACCCUGGCGGCCGCCGCCCACCGCCCCGGAACGUAUCCUUCGCGGGCGGCCCCGACGGCGAGCUCGUCCUCAGCCCCGCGCAGCUGCGCUCA